AGAGAGAGAGAGAGAGAGAGAGAGAGAGAGAGAGAGAGAGAGAGAGUUCACAGGGAUCCAUGGAGCGGCAUGUCGCACCACCAGUGUUUUCUAUGUCUUCUUGUCCACGAUGCACUUUAGGAUUUCAGUAAGAUGCGUGUGUGUUUCCAGAUAAUUAGCUUCCUCCUCUCCGUGAACUUUCACUGCCAGCCGCUGCGAGCUCAGGAUCCCUCCUGUUGCCACCAUGCUGCUGAGUUCUCGCCUUGCAAAGAAGCUUGUGACCAGCUUGCAACUAUAAAGAGUGAGUCACGUCUGAAGCAUCUCCUCCAGAGGUUACCUGGUUACUGUCCAGAGUCUAUGAAUGAACUUUGGAUGUGCAUCAACUCCACACUUCCAGGAGUAUCCAGGAAGUCAGAUGGCUGGGUGGGGCUGGGCUGCUGUGAGCUGGCUAUCUCAGCCGAGUGUCGCAGGGAAUGCAGACAGGCAACGUCUAAAAAUGACAUAACAAAAGUCUGCAAGAAAGUCACAGAGAACUCCCUCUACAGCUGCAUCACCAAAAAUGAAAUGGGCUCUACAUGUUGUAGCUAUGCAGGGCGUCACACCACCUGCAGGGACUACUGUCAGGCAAUCUUCAGGACCGACUCGACUCCCACUGUGUCACAGAUCAAUGCUGUCAAAGACUACUGUCAGAGUCACAGCGCCCAGCUGCUCAGCUGCGUCAGCAACUUCACCAAGUCUUACCCAAUACGCAGCCCUAUUGACAGUCUAUAUUGCUGUGACCGGGCAGAGGCCACCCACUGCCAGGUGGCUUGUCGUCGAAUCCUUCGUACCAUGAGCACAGAGCAUGAGAUCAUGGAGGGUCUAAUCAAGGAAUGUGGCUCCCAGCCCCUCCCGCAGGAGCCCAUGUGGCAGUGCUUUCUUGGCAGCGCCCACCCUCCUUCCCCACCCGAAGAAGAGACUCCCCAUCCCGCAAAGAUGGACUGUGCCAAGCUGCACUGCUGCUCCAAAGCCAAUACCUCACUCUGCAGGGACAUGUGUCAGGAGAUCAGCACAAACUGGGGCAGCCAGACGUGGCAGGACUUCGACCAGCUCUGUGAGUACAAUCCAGUAGAGACAGAGCUCAUCAACUGCCUGGCUGAUGUCAGAGAACCCUGCCAGCUGGGCUGCAAGGACCUCACCUACUGCACCAACUUCAACAAUAGGCCAACAGACUUGUUCCGCAGCUGUAACGUGCAGUCAGAUCAGGGCGCCAUGAGCGACAUCAAACUGUGGUCCAACGGGACAAUCAAGAUGCCGUUCAUGAACAUUCCUGUGCUGGACAUAAGGAAGUGUCUGCCAGAUAUGUGGAAGGCCGUGGCCUGUUCCCUGCAAAUCAAACCCUGCCACAGCAAGUCCAGAGGGAGUGUCAUAUGCAAGUCAGAUUGUGUGGACAUUCUGACCCAAUGUGGGGACAAGAAACGUUUUCACGAAGGACAAACACCAGAGAGAAUCUGUGAGCUGCUUUCGCCCAUUGAUGACCCUGAACGCUGCAUCCCACUCCACAGAUACCUCAUGCCCAGUUCCCUAGGCAAUAACAUUGUUGAGGAGGUCAUCCAUCCGUGCAACCCUAACCCCUGUCCCAGCAACCACUUGUGCCAGGUCAACAGGAAGGGCUGCCUUGAUGAGCUCAACUGUCAGCCAUACCUUUGUGUGCCAGGCUGUAAAUUGGGUGAGGCCUCUGAGUUUCUGGUGCAGCAGGACGCUCGUAUCCAAGUGCCGACUCGCAUCGGUCCUGCUGGGUGCUACGAGGUGUGCAGCUGUGGACCCAGUGGGCGCCUGGAGAACUGUGUGGAGAUGCCCUGUGUGGACACCAACAAGCCCUGCAUUGUAGGAGGCCAGAGGAAGAGCCAUGGGACAUCUUUCAGGAUCGACUGUCACAGCUGCUCCUGCUUUGCUGGUGAUACCAUCUGCUCCACUAGAGAAUGUUUUGGCGUCAGCAACUCAGAUGAUGAUCAUCGACACUUUACUGGUCUUCCCUGUAGCUGUCCAGACCGCUUCGUGCCAGUAUGUGCCUCUAACGGGCGGACAUAUCCGAGUGCCUGUGUGGCUCGCUGUAUGGGAUUCAAAGACCAUCAGUUUGUCUUUGGCCAGUGCCACCUGAGUAACCCAUGCGCCAACAAACCCUGCCAGAGAAACCAGAGAUGCAUCCCAAAGUAUCGUGUAUGUCUGAGUGACUCGUCAGACUGUCUGCAGUAUGAGUGUAUUGGUCGGCCAGCAGCCUGCGAUAAGAACAGUGUGGAGCCUGCCUGUGAUACUGAUGGCCUGGUCCAUCCCAAUCUGUGCCAGCUGCAGCAAGCUGGGAAAACUCUGGCCUACAUGGGCCACUGCCAGGAUGCCUGCAGGAAGCCACAGCAAGUCUGUGGACACAAUGGUGAGACCUACAACACAGUGUGUGACGCCUUCUCUGACCGUGUAGCUGUGGACUACAGGGGCCCCUGCCAUGCUGUGGGGGCCGUGUCUGAUGGGGCUCCUGACUCAGCCUGCAGUUUGGUUCAGUGUCCAACUCUCUCCACUCCAGGCUGCCGUCCUGUCAUCCCACCUGGAGCCUGCUGUCCCAUAUGUGCCAGCAUGCUGCAGAUCCUCUGGAACAAAGAACAGAUGAACACUUUCUCUAAGCUGAAUAAGAACAAGCCAGUGAUGGUCCACGACGUCCUUCAAACCCUGCGGCUUCAUGUUUCAGUGCCACAGUGCGACGUCUUUGGCUACUUGAGCAUCGACCAUGAGCUGGUGGUCCUCAUCACCCCAGUGGACCAGCAGCCGACUCCGCUGCAGAUUGAAGCCUGCAGUAAGGAGGCUGAGAAGAUCGAUUCCCUCAUCAAUUAUUCCAGCCCCACUCUGGUCUCCCACGUCCCCCUCUCCGCCUUUCUUACCUCUGAGAUCAAGACUUCCUCCAUACACUCCUCUGGGAGCACAGCGCCUUCCCCUCUGCCCCCCGUCCUGUGCUUGCUCUUUGGCCUCCUUGUUAUGGCAGCACCUGGCCUCCACCAGCUCUAAAUGGUUAUUUUCCCAAUCCAGCCUUCCCCUCACUAACUCUGAGUGUUCCAAAAUACCCCAGGCCCUUCAUGGGAUGACGUGGUGAGAUGAGUGUGUUCAGGCGGCCACGGAGCAAGAAGAGGCAGCGGUAAUGACAAUCAUUCCUAUUGACUGACCUGCGUUUCAAACAAUCAAGGCAGUGGAAAAGCUAUUAUUAUGCAAAGCUUUUGUAUGAACAGUAUUAUUCAAUGAUGAGCUCCUCGCUGGGUCUCCUUCCAGUGAAGUGUGCUUAAGUGUGAGUGUGUAUGUGUGACCUUUAAGAAGUAUUUGGCUUCAUACCAACAGUGUUUAUCCAUUAGUCCCAGCAGCAAGUUCUCUUCUGAAAGCUAUUAAGUGGGAAUGUAAUUUUCAUUACUUAUUCUUCCUUGUGCCGAGGCUCUGUUUGGAUGUAUACUGAUCAGCCAUAACAUUAAAACCACUGAAAGGGCAGAUAAAUAACACUGAUCAAUGCAUUGUUCUGCUGGGAAAUCUUAGGUUUCCACAUUUAUGUGGAUGUUACUUUGACGCAUACCACCUAAAUAUUGUUGCAGACUAAGGAUGCUUCCCCUAGCAGAACAGUAUACCCACCACACUGCAAAUACUGCUCAGGAAUAGCUGGAGGGACACAAGCCCAGGGCGUUGAUCUGAUCUUCAAAACUUGUCAUAUCCCAAAUUCUCUGCGCUUGUGGAAGAUGAACUAACCUGAUCCACUGAGGCCUCUGUGGCCCCACCUCACAUAAUACAGGAACCAAAGGAUCCACUGACAACAUCCUGGUGUCAGACACGACAGGAUGCCAACAGAGGUCCUGUCUCUGUGUCUCACACAGUAUUCAUCAGGUGGUUUUAAUAUUGUCGCUGAUCAGGAGUAUGUGUGUUUGUUUAUGCACGUCUGUCAAACAAGGACAAAAUAUCUUUGUCUAGCAGCACAUCUGUCAGACACAUUACCUAAAAUUUCCUCACACACACACACACACACACACACACACACACACACACACACACACACACACACACACACACACACACACACACACACACACACACACACACACACAGUGACUGAUGUCACUAAAUCCAGAUGUCUCUGUUCUUUGUGAAACGUACAUUAGUCUGAUCAGCAUUUAAGUGACACCUUUUAUGCCUCUAGUGCAGUGCACGGUGUAUGUAGAUGUAUGUGAGGGGUAUAUGGACCUAGUGGUUGAACCUGUAACCUCAACAGUGUUAGUGCCGUGCUCAUGGACUGAGCAAGCUCUGAUGAAACUGAUUAGCUUCCAAAGUCAGUUCAAACUACUGACCAAAGUGCCCCAAAUCUGGUAAGAUCAAAAGUCCAACUCAAAGAUUAAAUACUAAGUGAGCCCAGGUUCUGUUCUGAAGCAGAUCAGUGAUCAAACUGUGACUUAAAUCAGUUUCAAAUGCUGACAUGAAGGUUUUCUCUAAAACAAGCUUUAUAUCAUGUGGUGCUCAUAAGGUGCCAUGGAUGUAUGCAAGUACAUUCUGAGUGCAUCAGAGACAAAUAAUAUCACAAAUUAAAAUAAGUAAUGAAAAUAAUAUCACAACGUUAUUCUCAAUGGUAAUCGAGAAGAUUCAAAUAAAUACACACUUUAAUUGAUAAAUUGUAUAAUUAAUCCUUUGGCAAAACAGUUCUUCAGGUGCCACAAGUCAUGCAUAACUAGUAUUAAGGUGAAGAUCUUUAUAUGUUAGUUAUUUUGAUUCCUUCAAUGAAAAUUUUAGUUCAGUCAACUAAUUGAGCAACUGACUUAUCAUGUGUCAUCUCCAUACCACAUGGACACGAGGGAACUGAGACUUUAAAGCUACUUUAUAAAAUUAAUCCAGCACAGUUCUCACAUUUUUUUGCCAGUUUUUCAGGCUUUUGUCACACAGUAAUGCAGCUGCUAAUGGGGGACAAGACUUCAAAACUCAAGGCUCUGUCUCAGUACAGCAUUGCUUUACAAGCCGAUUCCAGUAGAUGAACCUCAGUGUAUCCAGUAGACUCAGACUCUGGCAUUAUGACACACUAAAUUAACAUGUUUUGUAUUUCUUUAAAAUUUGCUUUACUGCCUUUGUCCUUUGAGACAUUUAGAAUUUCCAGUAAAGACAUUGCAGUGACAUGAACUAAUAGACUUCUGUGUUGUGAGUCUAACUGAAGCACUAUAAUAGAGUAUUUUAUGAGCACCACUUCUAAUAAAGGGCUACUAAGUCGUUUUCACAACCACAGGUGGAUAGUCCAUUAUAGUAUCAAGCAGCAGAACAGCCUGGAUGGUCACUCACUGUGUGUCAGGCCAGUAGUUCGGACAAGCAUUAAAAGGGAUGUUACCUUUCUGUACAUAAGAACUAGAAGCCAUUUAAUAACAAAAGGACAAUCAACUAGUCACUACCUAAAAUCCUCUUUGGGUAGAGAAAAUUUUCCACAGUAUGCCUUGCAUAUAGUGUCUUAUAUGAAGUAAUAAUGAAAAUGCAAUAACUUUAUAUUUGUUAAAAAAUGUCUCUUUAUUUGAUAUGUAUCUGAUAAUGGGUUGAAAUAAUGAUCACCUAUGUGCCAUGUUUUUUAAACAAAUAGCUGUUAUUCCUUAUUGCAUGAUGGCAAUUAUGAAGUGUGUUUAGUCCAGAAUGUACCACAGUGUGUGUUGUCCUGUCCUGAGGUGUUUGUCUCUGCCUGUGCAGCACAAUGUGUCCUCGUCUCUAACAGUAUUACUGUGCUAGGCAGCUCUGUAGCAGGGAAUCAUCACCAAAGGCUCCUUCAUCUAUUACUAUUAUUACUAUUCUUCUUAUUGUUGUUAUUAUUAUUGUUGUUAUUAUUAUUAUGGUUACUGUUGUGUGUAUGUCCUCUGGAGCCGACAUGGAUUUGGUUUAUUUUUCAAUAUUUUGUGUGUUAUCAGUGUUUAUUUCAUUUUAUAUCAGAAAAACAAAAAAUAAAGACUUCACACAUGGCUGCUUCACAGAAGCAGAAGUUUUCUGCUCCUGAUGAGCUACAAGAUAAGUUUCACAUUUUGGGAGACAUGUUGAUUCGCUGUCUUUCUCAGAGAAAGGUCUUGUAUACAUUAAAGCUCUGUUUAUACAGCACUAAUAUUACUGAGGGACCUCUUAGUAGUUUUUAGUAACUGCAGAGGUUUAUCUGCAGAGGUCUGCUGUUGUGCCCAUAAUUUGUAAAAUUCAAAUUCCGCUACAAAUUACCCACCAUAUUUCACCAAACACAGAGGUACUUUCAUAAUGUUAAUCUUGUUUGAACCAGUAUCUCAGUGAUUCGUGAUAAUUUAUCUCUUUUUUUUAUCAAAACAAAACAAUGUUUUGCAUUUUAGGUGCAAAUAUAGAACGAUUGGAGGGAUGAUACUUUGCAGUAUUGCCACAGGCUCAAAAGUCAUUAUACGGUAGCCUGUGAUAUCAUAUCUGUCAGUAAUGUUAGCAACUGUCAGUUAAACGCAGAGUUUGUGCAAGCCGAGUGAAGUUGCAUGAAAUCCUGAAGUGUCAUGGUAAUACCUUAAUCACAUGGGGUCCUCAGAUAAUACUAGUCCAGUGUAAACAGGGAAGAAAAAGGAUAUUGUGGACAGAAAAGAAUUUUCUCCACAUAGCCAUCAUUUUACAAAGUAUCUCUACACACAAAGCUGAAGCUCAGAAAUCUUGAGUUUUACAAGGUGUUCGAAAAGAAUCUCUGGUUUAAUGAUCAAAAACAGUGUUUGCAUGUAGAGACGCCUAAAACUGGACGAAUUUUGCGAAAUGUCCUUGUUAGUAGACAAGGCCUUACAAAAUCAGAUUUAUGUUCGUCUAGUGUCUGUGAGUGAAGUAAAGUGUUGGCAUCUGGAUACAGUUAACCUAGCUUAGCCUAAACUCUGGGAUCAGACUAAAACAGCUUACCGGACUAUUCCACCUUUAAAACACACCUUGCGUGUUUUUGGAAACAUAGAUUUUAAAAAAUCACAUGUAAUUUCAGUGAGCUUGAAAUUUCCAGCCUUUAUGCUAAGCUAAGGUAAUCCACUCUGUCUCCAGCAAUUUAUUUACAAUACAGAUAUGAGAUUGAUGACAUCAUUCUUGUAAUCUCAUCUUCAGAAAAAAGUAAUGUACCAACAUGUUAAACCAUCACUUUUUAUUCAUAGCCAUCCAUAUUUCAUAGCUAACUUGGUAACUGCUGAGGGCAACAGCAUGUUUGCUAGAAUGUCAUCUCUCCUGCCUGUCCAUAUGAUGUAAAUGUAGUGUUUCUGAGAGGUAUUGAAGUAGUGAGCUGUUCUGAGCUCAGGACCACAGUCCUCCUGGAAGAAUCCCUCCAGUCUGCUGAGGUGGUUCCUGUAAUGAGAACUUCCAGGACUGUUUUCACCCUCACUGUGUUUUUGGUUAGAUCAUUGGAUUUCUCCUUCCAAAUAGUUUUUAUUUUGUAUGGCUCAUGCGUAUUAUUCUUUUCUUUGCAUUUUCUCUUUUCGGCUCUGUAAAGUGAUGUGAAUCUAUAAAAAGAAUGGAAAGAAAGUCUUCUGAGUGCAUAUUUCAUGAAAUAUUAAAAAGCAAUACCACAACCAA